AAGGACAUAUAAACACAGAGCUUCUCCAGUUUAUUUGGUUGUCCUUGUCCUUCUCCAUGGUGUUAGCUCAAUCAGCCUGCAGCAGUUAGUUAAACUACCUCAGCAUAGACUGCCAGGACAUCAUUUUAUUUCACACAAUAUGGACCAGAGUCUUCGUGGCUGCCUGAGUCCCGAGGACACCCUGAAAGAGAUCAAGACCAGCUUACUGGAGUGUAAAGUCUGCUUUGAGACGUUUAACUUGCAGCAGAGGGAGCGCAGACCGCAGAACCUUUCCUGUGGUCAUGUACUUUGUCUGGAAUGCAUCACCAGUUUGUCCCACCCUCUCCUGAGGAAGCUGGAGUGCCCGUUCUGUCGACAGCUGUGCAGUGUUGACAGUAUAUCCCAUUGCCAGGUUCUCAGUGACCUGCAGGAGCUCCUUUUGUCCCACAGUUCCUCCUCCUUUGCUCCCCACAGCAGGGCUACAGGGGGUUUUAUCUCAGAAACUGCUCUGCAUCUUCGCUCCACAUUUGGUGGCUGGGGGACUCUCAUCAAUCCAACUGGAUUAGCCAUUCUGGGAUCUAUGGGGGAAGUAGUUGUGGUGCAUGAUGGAGAGAAGAGAGUGGUUGUGUUCAACCAACAAGGGAUGAAGCUGCACAGCUUUGGAGAAAGAGGAGCAGGCAAUGGAGACAUCUGUUACCCAGUGGAUGUGGCAGUGAGUCCAGCUGGUUAUGUCAUAGUGACGGAUGCAGGGGGUAAAGCUGUGAAGGUUUUCACUUCAAGGGGGAUACACGUUUUGACGGUCAAAGAUUGCUUCCAGCUUCCUUGGGGUGUGGACAUGGACAGCUGUGGACGUAUCUUGGUGUCAGACUUGCAGGCUGGGACCCUGUUCAGAAUAAAUGUGGACUUCAGUCAUGGUGUUAUCCUGGAGAAUCAAAGUGUUAAAACUAACCUUCAGUGUCCCAAAGCUUUGGCUCACUGUCGAAAAACCGGAAACACGGCUGUGAUGGAGCAUCCAAGAGGAAAGCAUGGCCACAAAAAGUUAAAAGUGUUUACAAAGGACUUCAAUGUUCUUUACCAGAUGGACAGCUUCAGCCUGACCCUGCAGUCUUCCAUCCGGUUGAACAUAUCUGAUGUGGCUUUCAGCAGCGAUGGAGACAUGGUGGUGUCCGACUCUGAUCAAGGCUUGAUUUGUAGUUUAGGAAACCUUCAGAACCGUCCGGUCAUUACUCCUCUUGUGGGGGACCAUCUCAUCCGACCUUCUGGGCUGGUGUUACUUAACAACUCGCUCAUUAUUGUAGAUGGUGGUGACCAUACAGUCAAGAUUUAUUCUAGUAAGCCUGAUGGCUGAGAACCCAUGUCAAUAAGAGACCUAUGGAGAUCACAGUGCAGGGAAAAGAGAAUAAAUUGACGUUUACCUGUAAAAGUAAUCACCUGUUUUUUUUAAAUCCUAUUUGUAGUUUUUUGUUUUGUUUUUGUUUUUUUAUAUUUGUCUGUUUGUUGGGUGGACACAUCAUAUAAAACUGUAUUGGUCUUCAAAUAUUAGGAUUUUGAAAAUAUAUAUAAAUAUAUAUAUAAAGGGGGUUUUGGCAGCCUUUCUUAUUAGAGAGGUUUAAUGACAGUGGUGUACAUAGUCUAUGCUUUGUUCUGUUGGUUUCUUAACUUUUUCCACACCUUAAAAAGCUAAGGAACACUUCUGUUUGUUUAGUACGAUGAGCUGCUGGACACUGAACCUUUGCCCCAGUCCCAAGUCUUCUUCAGCCUCUAAAACCUUUCCUUCCAGUAUUCCCUCCAUUAUCUUUCCAUCAUCUCUGAGUAGCAACCCUGGCGCUGCUGAGUAAACACAAUCUCACAGCAUGAUUGUGGGGAUAGUUUGAUGUUAAGUAUUAGUUUUACUGCUCAUCUUCUUUGUGUCUCCUUGGUAAUUGUGGCAAACUGCAAACAUGACUUCUUAAGGCAGUCCUUAAAUUAUUCCUUCACACUUCAGGUCUUGUGAAGUUAUUGAUUAAUAAACUGAACAGGCCAACAUAUACCUGAACCAGUGAGGCCAUUUUAGUCAGAAUCAACUCAGUAAUCCAUAGAUCUGUUAUGAAGGGAGAUCUACACAUAUUGUUUGACAUUCAGUUCCUUAAAUGUGUCUGAUGUCUGAUUACGGACACACAAAACAGAAUUGCAAAUAAAGAAAUUGUUACUGCGUGUUGGUUUUUUUAACUUAGAUUUGGCAGGUAAUCUCUUAAGGAAGUGAAAUUAUUACUUAUUGGGAUGCUUAAAUUAAUGCUGUUCUAAGUCCUAAAGACUGUGCACAAGCAGCAGGUAAUGAAUUCUGUAACCUUUAGUUGCAUUAGUGCUGUAAAAAUUUUAAUGCUGUUUAUAUGAAAUG